GGUAGCCAGAGUUGAGACACCAACGCGAACAGAACAGUCGAAGUCUUACAUUGUACGUGAAACCGGCCGAAACAACACACAAGGCAACAUGGGGAAGACUUCGUCUAAAUGCUGCAUGUGCUGCUGCUGUGGCAGUUACACAAUAGAGCCUGAUUUCCCGGAGCUGCAGCCCAUGUACCCGGACGUGAUCGACCCGAUCACCGUGGUGUGUGUGAGUUUCUCCCCGGGCGGCAUCCCGAGGGACAUCGGGACCUGCAUCUACGGCUCCCGCCACACCUUCACCCGCGUCACGGCGGGAGGCCUGGCCCAUCGAGCCGGCGUCAGGGAAGGAGACCAGUUGGUUAAUGUGAAUGGAGUCAACGUGGAGGGGCUGCGGCAUGGACAAGUCAUCAAUAUGUUUGCCGGCAUUGGGGACGCCGUCAAGAUGGAAAUGCGCCGACCGUCCGGAGGAAGCAACACCAGCUCACAGUCCAUGUCUGACGCCGAAAUCAUCACAGCGCAACUAAGGAUAGGGGACAUCGAUGUGGUCACGCCUGUAGAGGAUGAGGACGAUGUGCAGUCACCCCGCAUAACGCUGGAGUACCACCAGCUGCAGCGGAACCAGCUACACCACCAGUACGGCUCCAGAACGGGCGUGCUGCUGCCGACCAGCAGCGGGGGAAGGGCCGUCAAGGGACGGCUUACCUCCUCCAACAGGUCUAACGCCACCAUAGCCGUCCACAGCUUCUUUAGCGUCCCUCCGCUGGGCGGAACGUACGUCAUCUUAGAGUUCGAGAAAAGGAACAAGUUCUUCACCUGUCUAACAGGGGGAAGAGUCAGAAUCCAGAGUGGAAGCGCCGUGGAGAACAUCACCUCUCCAGACGACGCCCGUGUGUUCGUCAUGAGGCCUAAAGGCACUGACCUCAUGUUCGAGUCCACCAAGUUCCCGGGCACGUUCCUGACCAUCCACAGAGGUAAUCUACAGCUGAGGAACAGUGGGAGCACCAUUGAAAGCCAAUACUUCCGCCUGCACAGCAUUUGAGCACCAGGUGGGGAGCACGUGAUAAGCGCGUGAUGAGCACGUGAAUGACAUGUCCAAGGGCACGUGAACAGCAUGAAGGACACGUGAACAGCAAGUUCAAAUGUGAGAAGAUGUGACAGAUACAUGUACAAGUAUGUCAUUGAUGUGUGUUAGUGUUAAAGUCUGUAACUAGAGUAAAGCUCUGAAAACUGUACAUACAACACUUGCUGUGCCUAUUAGACCAAAAUGUUUAUACGCAUCUGCUAGCUUCAUUCAAUGCAUACUUUAUUCAGUGCAUACUUUCCAUUUAAACCGCUAAGGUGUCCUAAUGUUGCAUUAUAAAUGCACGUCUUUGCACAUCUUUGCAAACCCUGCCGCUUCGUGGUGGUAGGCGGGGUCUACAAAUAUUCGCCAUAGAUUGGCGGAUUGAUAUAACCGUGCACGUUUUUGUGCACCCACGUUUAUUCUACUGAAGGAAUCUCGGAAGGCAAGGGUAACAUGACGUCAUAUCCGGUGUGCCAUUGUCGAUUUGGACGCUCCCGAAAGAAAUAUGGGAAGAUGAGUAUAAAACAAAAUACAUACUUCAACAUAGAAAGAGUCUAAAAGUUAGAUGGCAAAUUCCGUACUUUUUUAAUGACAACGUGUGACAAAAUGUUCUCAAAAAACAUAUUUCAGGUACAUUUCUUGCAAACACGUUGUAAUUCUUUUUGAAAUUGUCACUUUUUUCAGAAGCUUCAUCAAAGACAUUAAGACAUGUAACUAACUCACACUAUCAUUCUAAAAGUUUUCCUCAAGCAACACAUGCACACCGGAAGUAUUUGACAAGAUAACCUUUGCUUCCUCCUUGGUGAACGAAAUGUCUUUUCUUGACGCUUCGUGGUAGAUCUCUGUUUUAAGAGUGAAUCUUUUCCUUAAACCAAUAUUAUCAAGGUAUACUUAUGGUCAUCUAUAUAUACAUGUAUAUGCCAUAGGAAAGUUCUGUAUUAAAUUAGCAUAGUUUUCCCCCUUUAUUAUAUUAUAAUAGCAGCCUAUGUAAAUUAGUAGGUGUAAGGAGGAUAUAACCAUCGAUGGAGUAUAUAAUGUAGUGCAAGUUUUUGUGUGAUUGAUAUUUUAGGUUUGUACAGUUAUGCAACUGUAGACAUCACAUCUAUGUUCCAACAUGAUAUUCAAUAUUUCAUAUAUUAUAUACAUUAUACAUAUUAUUUGUAAUUCAGCACCUGCCUUUUUCAUGAUUUUGCAAUAAACUGAUUUUAUCA